AAAAUUUGGACACUACACCCCUAACAGACCAACGAGUGGCCAUCACUCAUAACCCUUCCCCCCAAAAAAGAAAACAAUGGAAAACCCUAAAAAGCUAAAUGACAAUACAGAAAAAAGAGAAGGAAGAGGGAGGGAAGAAAGGGGAAAAAGAAAAAGAAAGAAAGAAAGAAAGAGGGGAUGAAGAAAGAGUUAGAGAAGAGACGGAAAGGAUACAUAAAAGGAAAGAAAAAGGAAGAAGGAAA